GUCAGAUCCCCACCUCCACGUCAGAUCCCUGCCUCCACGUCAGAUCCCCGCCUCCACAUCCCCGCCUUCACAUCAGAUGCCCGCCUUCAUGUCAAAUCCCUACCAUCACGUCAAAUUCCUACCAUCACGUCAGAUCCCCGCCUCCACAUCCCCGCCUUUACAUCCCCGCCUCCACGUCAGAUCCCCACCUUCAUCCCCUCAUACUGCUCACUGUCAUACCCUCCACACUCCUCUCCUGUACAUACUGCUCACUGUCAUACCCUCCACACUCCUCUCCUGUACAUACUGUCCACUGUCAUACCCCCCCCACACCCCUCUCCUGUACAUACUGCCCACUGUCAUACCCUCCACACUCCUCUCCUCCUACCCUCCACACUCUUCUCCUGUACAUACUGCCCACUGUCAUACCCUUCGCACUCCUCUCCUGUGCAGACUGCCCACUGUCAUACCCCCCACACUACUCUCCUGUACAUAUUGUCCUCUGUCAUACCCUCCACUCUCCUCCUCUCCUGUACAUACUGCACACUGUCAUUCCCUCCACACUCCUCUCCUGUACAUACUGAUCACUGUCAUACCCUCCACACUCCUCUCCUGUACAUACUGCCCACUGUCAUACCCUUCGCACUCCUCUCCUGUACAGACUGCCCACUGUCAUACCCCCCACACUACUCUCCUGUACAUAUUGUCCUCUGUCAUACCCCCCACACUCCUCUCCUGUACAGACUGCCCACUGUCAUACCCCCCACACUACUCUCCUGUACAUAUUGUCCUCUGUCAUUCCCUCCACACUCCUCUCUUGUACAUA